AUACCAUUAUCAAUAUUUUACGGCAUCUGUUAUCGGUUUUAUAAAAAUUGCUUACAUUUUUUUUGGUUUUAUUUUGUUUUUAGUACAAAAACUAGAUAAACAUUUCAUUUAUUGGACAGUUCACAAAUAAUUUACGAAAUUUAAAACAGAUUUGUACAUAUGAAUAAGGUGAAUUUCCUUAACUUGAUGUUCGGCAACCUAUCUUUAAUGCUAGUUGCUGUGUUCUCUAGUUUCAUUUGAAAAAUAUAAAUCCUAGAUCCAAUAAAUAGACUCAGGGAAUACAACGCUCGUGAAAUAAACAAAAUAAACGUAACACAUGUGCCUGCAUUUAUGCAAGCAUAUGAAAUGCUUUUAUACUACCUGUAAAUGUAAACUAAACCUUUCGAUGGAUCAAAACAUUGUAAAUAUGGCAUACGAACGUUAUGGCAUACUUCUUCAAAAUGAGCAAUACGAAGAAGAUAUAGUCAACGCAAAAGGUAUUCAAAAAUCAAAUGUGCAAAGUGUCAGCAACGAUGGUGGCCACCUUAGCAAUCCCGUCAACUUACAUCGAAAUAAAGUAUUUGAAUCAGUUAUUCAGUCAGAACCGAAAGAUAGUAGUAACGCAAAUAAGUCUAAUGUACAUGAAAAAGCAUUAAAAGCAUCUGAAAAUAUAUUUUCCUCAAAAAUAAGAAGGAAUUCCAAUAUUGGAUAUCAAAUGAAUAUCAAUUGUUAUAAAAAUAUCGGUUAUGGGGAAAAUCUAGAUAUUCCAGAGGAUGUGACCAAUAGCCUGCCAAACCAUUGCACAGCUACAAGAGAGUCCAGUAAUGUCGACAGAAAUUCACCUUUCCUUGCCUCAGAUACAACUAUACUAGCUCCAACUGGAAAAUCAAGACGGUGGGAGCAAAAGCUAGUUCAAAUUAAAACUAUGGAAGGAGAGUUUAGUGUUACAAUGUGGGCAUCCGGAAUAUCCGAUGAUGAAUACUCCGGGUCAGACCAAAAUGUUGGAGAUUCGGAUUUUUUUAAAGGAAAAGACAUUGAUUUUGAUCGAGUCACGUCCCAACGAACCAAAGACUUGGAGCAGGUCGAAUCUAUAUUACACCAAGAGGUAUUUACUCAAGAGCCACAGGCACUUGACAUGCAUCCACCUUUAAGCUCAGUUCCAAUAAUAGAACAGUUAACGAAAGAGAAGGACAUUUUAUCUCAUGAAAAUAGUGUUUCCACAAAGAUUCUAUCUAAAUCAACCUUAAGUUUUGAAGAUCCAAUUUUGAUUUCGGAGUCCACAAGUAUACAGUUAGUGAACGAAACUGCUGCCAUGACAAUUGAUAAUCAUAGAAUAUUAGGUACUGAUAAUACUGGCGAUCUGCAUACAUUGACUAGCUCAAUGCCAUUUGGUCUUGGCUUACAGGAAAGGCAACAAACUGAUUGCCUAUCGACAGCAUCACAAUUAUCGUACCAUGACAAUACAGGAUCAACUGGAAGCACUGAUUUAAGUUUUAAUCUUUCCGAAGUCACCGUGGCCUACCCAAAUGAUAAAAAAAUAGCUUGCCCUCAUAAAGGUUGCCAUAAAAAUUUCAGAGAUUCGUCGGCGAUGCGCAAACACUUGCACACUCACGGUCCUCGUGUUCAUGUAUGUGCAGAAUGUGGAAAAGCUUUUGUAGAAAGUUCUAAGCUUAAAAGACAUCAGUUGGUUCACACAGGAGAAAAACCAUUUCAGUGUACGUUCGAGGGAUGUGGGAAACGUUUUUCACUGGAUUUUAACUUAAGAACACAUGUUAGAAUACAUACUGGAGAUAGGCCAUUUGUUUGUCCGUUUGAUGCCUGCAAUAAAAAGUUUGCUCAAUCCACAAAUUUAAAAUCUCACAUAUUGACUCAUGCGAAAGCAAAGAGGAAUACCAACAUUUCACGGAAAAGUAGUUGUCCAAACGUUGAGUCAAACAGCCAAAGUGAAGAUAAUUCUACAAAUUAUGUUAAGGUUGAACUACGUGAUAGUGUCUCAGAAAACCAUGUUCCCUUUGUGGUGUAUGCAGACUGAAAAUGUAUAUCGACCCAUCUCAAACUCCUCGAUCAUGUUUGAAAUAUACAUAAAUCUUAAUUCCUUUUUCAUAAUUAUGUUUUUUAAGACCCUCUAAUAGAUUGUAGAUUUUUUGUACAAAUGAAAUAAAAGUCAUUUCAUCUUU